UUCCAAUAUUUAUAGUCAUAAAUAAACUACCUUACACGCAUUGCACACAUUUUUUUACGUGUGACUAUAUACAUAAUAUACACAAUAAAUAUGCUGCUAUAGCAACAUCCGUUCUAUUUGUUCAAUAUAUUUUUAAGCAAAACAUUUUUCGUGGCUGAGUAAUUAUUAUAACGUAACAAGGAAAGCAUUUACCCGUAUUUUACUCACAAUGAGACGAUCAAAAACUGCAUCAGCUUCAUCUCGAAACACCGCGAAAAAUUUCGUCAAGGAAGGUUCUACCUACAAAGUAAAUAAGCAACCGGAUAAGCAGAUUCUUCCAGGCACUUAUUCAAUGCAUCCACCAUCAAAAUGUGAAAAAACAAUCAAUGGCCGUUCCAUUCAUCUGAAGCGUGAAAAAUGUUCCGAUCGAAAUGAAUUGCUGAAAAUUAUAUCGCAAGAAAAUGUCAGAGAUCUUUUGGUUCCGCUUCCGCCAGUAGCACAUCCGAGCAUAUUUCCGGCUAAAGAAAUACAUCGAAUGAAAACAGAGGGCAACGAAUAUUCGGAAAAAGAGAGACUGGCCAGAGUGAGGGAAUAUGAAGUCAACAAAAAGCGAUUGGAAGAAGAGUGUGAACGGAGGAAAAUGUUGAUGAAAGAAAUGGAUAAAAUGAAAGAGGAGAAGCGAAAAUGUGCCAGUGACAUACCAGAGAGUGAGAGCAUACGUGGGAAAAUUUUGGAUCGAGCAUUUCUAGCACAACAUGAACAGACCGAAGAAAUACAGAGAGCGAACCGCUUGAUAUUGGCGACAAAAUGUCACGUGAUACGGGAUGCUCAAAUAGCCGAAAAAUAUGAAAUCGAAAGGGAAAUUCGCGAAGAAGAUAAUCGCUUAGACAAAAUGAUGCUGGAAGAACGAGACAAAGCGCUGAAAUUAGUCGAUAUCAAUGAAAUGAAGCAAAAGAUUCACAAUGCUAAAGUCGCUGAAGAGCUGAAGGUGCAAUUACAUCAACGGGAGCUGGCCAAAUUGUUGGAAGCUGAACGCAUCGAAGAAGAAGCGAAAAAGAUAACAAAGGCAAUAAUUGCAACAAAUAAACAGAAACAGAAGAUCAAAGAGGAAUUAGAAAAGUUUAAGGAAUUGAGCGAAUAUUUAAAAAACGUUGCCUUCGAGGAGCAACGCAUUGCCGACAUGAAAUCUCAGGAAUACAUGCGUGCAAAGCAGGCGCGAGACAAGGCAGUUUUGCGUGAAAGACAAUUGAAAUUGGAGCAACAGCAACGGGAAGCCGAUGCAUUGCUGAAGUUGCAAACGCAAAUGCUCGAUACGAAAAACGAACGGGAAGAAAUGAAUCUUCGACGGAAUCAAGAAGAAAAGGAACGCGAAUUUCGACGUAGAGAAAAGGAAGCGGCAAUCAAACGGAAAGCAUUGGAAAAGGAGCUGGAACGUGUCCGGGCUGCCCAGCUCAAAGAACUCGAGAAAGCGAAAGCUAUUGAACUGACCAGAGACAAAAUGGAAUUCGACAUUGCACUGGAGAAACUGAAAUUUGAGGAAGCGAAGGAAAAGGAAAAACGAGAAAAGAGUCUGAAGGAACAGGAAAAAUAUCGGAUCGAAAUUACCAACCAAAUGAAACAGAAGCAAAUUGAAAAAAAAGAGAAGCAACGACGAGAACGCAUUGAGUUUAUAAACGAACAGGAAAAGGAAAGGGAACGUGUGAAAAAUAUUCAGACGAUUAUCAAAGCUAAGAUCAACGGAAUGAGAGAAGCCAAAAUUCCCGAAAAAUUUGUGAAAGGUUGCGAGAGACAAUUACAGUCAACCACUUGAUCGCCCGCUAAUAAAGAAAUAUCCUUUUAAUCCGCA